AGAAGUUUUAUUUUAAAGAAAGAAACGCAUAGAGUUGCUUCAGCUAUAAAGCAGACUAGAUCUGAUCAAGAACGCACCAAGAUCUGUCCUGCGGUGAGCUGUCCAAUAAGACAGUUUAUCGGUUAACACAAUUACUUCCAACGGGUUCUUCCAACGACUAUAGAUGCGAGAUUCAAAUCACACUGCACUAGGCAAGAGAACUAAAAUGCAAAUAAACCCUUGGAUUCUCAAUUUAUUCCAAAAUUGCUCCAUCCUAAUAUUAUUCUAAUACUUAAUAAAGAACUGGGCAUGCUGUAAAUCAGAAACAAAAAUAGAAAUUGCUGGAAAAACUCAGCAAGUCUGGCAGCAUCUGCAAUUUCUGUUUUUGUUUAUUCAAAUACUUGGAGCAUACUUUUUUUUUUACAUAAUAUCCCACAUCUGGUUUUUGCUGUAAUGGUGCGCUUAGUUAACACAGUGCACACGAAGCCUGCCAACAGCUAGUGCAGGCGGUUGGAGGGUCAAUAUCGGGACUGAAGUCUUUCCCGGAUAUUGCAAAUGACAGACUUCUGUUCCUUAGUUAUCUCUGCCUGUUGUUAGGAUCAACUGGGCUAAUCUUAACGAGAUUUCGUACCACGGCUCAUUAAAUACUUAAAAUCCGACUGAAUGCGAACAUUAAAACAAGUGUAAUGCAAUUUUGUUACAGUUUAUUAGUAUUAAAACAUCAAUGACUCUUCAAGCUACAAGAUCCAUUUUGUUGACAGCCAUAAGCAGUUCUCUCCCUUCACAAUCAUAACCUAUAGAAUCCCUUGAAUGUAACUAACGAUUCACUUUCUAAAAUCGCCUUUAAAAAGAUUAUAAGGCUUUACUGCGCUGGUGAUACGUUACAAUUUAAGGAUGCACAAUCUUUUAAAUUCGAAAAUCUAGCAUUAUUAUCAAAAGCCAGAAAUUUAAAUAAAAAGCAAAUCUUUAGAGUCAAAAGAUCUUUAGUUUAAUUGCAAUUGUGAAGAGAAAUGAUAAUACAACAAUGAAAAUGUAAUGCUCACAGAUCAGUACAAAUAAUGCGGAGGAGACUAACAUACAACUCCGAAAUUAAAUCUCUCAUAGCGCUGUGAUUGGCUCUGAUCUCCUGUAAACUCAAUUAACGAAAUAAGCUGGAUAAGGACAUGAAUAGGAAAAGUUUGUAAGGAUAUGGGCCAAAUGCAGGCAGAUGGGACUAGUUUGCUUUGGGAACUAGGCGUGGACUAGUUUAAUCGAAGGAUCUGUUUCCAUGCUGGAGGGCUCUAAGUGAGCGUUAGGUGGUUCCGACAACUGCACAACCACACAAGCAAUUUAUCUUCUGGUUUGAGUAUAUGGAGUAAAUUUCGUAAAAUAAACAAUGACUUUAAGCAAAUUGCAGAAUUUUACGACUGGAAGAAUCUAUACGAAUACCGCUCUGAAGUAACGGGAGUCUGAAGAUCGUGGAGAAUAAUUGGCUACAAAAUAAAACGAUUGUUAAAUGUGUUUCUAAUUGCGGCCAAAAGUAAAACAAAAACAGGCGAAGUUCAGUAUGAAACUCUCGUCAAUGUUGAACAUUUGUGAACUGUUUCUUUAAACAAAAUUUGUCUUCAGUUUGUUGGGGCGAGUUAAAUUUGCAAAUGUCCUGAACAUCAAAGACAACAUUUGCUCGCCCUUGAGAGGAGAGGAUUGGCCACUGACUUUCUUAUUUGCAUGAUAUUAGCAAUAAAACGACCCCAAGCAGUAGGGGUACUCAAGACGGACAUUUGACUGUCAGUGUAAUUGUUUGCACGUAGUGAUAGGAGAGCAACGUGCUUUCAGUGCACCAAGAAAGUUUAAUCUGGACACUUUUCCUGAGUGAAGAGUCUGCAGAAUGAGCCCUGAGAGAGGUAGAAGCAGGGUUGCUGGUGUCCCGGGCUGCAGUCCCUCCAGGGAGCCCUGCUUCCUGCUUCUUGUCCUCCUCCUCGCUCCGACGAUGAGUGACUGUAAAACGGUCAGAUAUUCCACGUACGAGGAGCAAGAGCCCGGCACCGUGAUCGGAAACCUGGCCACCGAUCUGCAGCUGGAGGCGGCCGGCGGGGCCGGGGGCCAGAGCGGUUUCCGACUGAUGCCCGAGUAUAACGGCUCGGUCCCGGUGAGGGUCGGGGAAAGGGACGGGCAGCUGACGGUAGGAAGCCGCAUUGACCGGGAGCAGCUUUGCGAGGAGCGGGAGCCGUGCCUGCUGCUCCUGGAUGUGGUGAGCUUCUCCCGGGACAAGUUCCUCCUGAUCCAUGUGGAGAUCCAAGUGCAGGACAUUAAUGACCAUUACCCCGAGUUCCCCCAGCCCGAGAUCGAGCUAGAAAUCUCCGAAAGCUCAGCACCGGGGACCCGGCUCCCUCUCCCCGCGGCUCUAGACGCCGACACCGGCUCCUACUCGGUGCGGGGCUACGAGCUCUCGGUGAACGGUCACUUGGAGCUGGAGCUGUCGGACGGUGCAGGCAGCGGCGGGGUCCAGCAGCCGGUACCGGCACCGACGCUGCUGUUGGUGAAGCCUCUUGACCGGGAGAGUGAGGCCGAGCUCAGCCUGAAGCUGAGAGCCCGGGACGGGGGUAAUCCACCUCGGAGCGGGGAGGCCCGGCUCCGGGUGCGGGUCCUCGAUGAGAACGAUAACGCUCCGGCCUUUGGGAGCGGCUCCUUGGAGCUCGAGCUGCGGGAGGACACGGCCCCGGGUUCGCUGCUGCUGCAACUCGAGGCCCGGGACCCGGACCAAGGCCUAAACGGCGAGCUCCGGUUCACCUUCAGCCCGAGGGUCGAGGCGGACGCUCGGCGCCUCUUCCGCCUGGAGCCGCGCUCCGGCCGCUUGAGCCUGAACGCGCAGCUCGACCACGAGGCGCGCGCCCGCUUCGAGCUGGAGGUGGAGGCGCGCGACCGCGGCGCCAGGCCGCGCGCCUCGAGCUGCCGGGUGGCGGUGCGCGUGCUCGACGUCAACGACAACGCGCCCGAGAUCCGCGUGAGCGCGCUCGGUCCCGGUCCCGGAGAGGCCUCGGGCCUCGCGUCCAUCACCGAGGCGGCGGAACCGGGUAGUUUCGUGGCGCUGGUGAGUGUGUGGGACCGGGAUUCAGGAGCUAACGGCCGCCUCUCGGUAUCACUGCUCGGGCCCCGGGAGUUACACUUACGGCCGGCUUAUGGCAUUAACCACUACAUGAUCGUGACGGCGGAACGGCUCGACCGGGAGCGGGACACCGAGUAUAACGUGACGCUGGUGGCCGAGGACCAAGGCCCGGAUCCCCGCCGGACGGUCAGGCCUUUCACCGUCACCGUCACCGAUGUGAACGACAACGCGCCCGCCUUCCCCCGCUCCGUCUACCGCCUGUCGCUGGCGGAGAAUAACCUGCCCGGGGCCCAGCUCGGUACCGUCCGGGCCCGUGACCCUGACCUGGGCCCUAACGGCCGCCUCACUUACCGCCUGCUGCAGCCGCACGAGGGGCCGGGGCCGGGGCCUGGGCCGGGGCCUGGCCUGCAGCCUCCGGCCGUCGCUGUGGAGCCUCACACCGGCUCCUUGUACGCGCUCCGCUCCUUGGACCGUGAGGAGCUGCCCGAGCUCGAGCUGCUGCUGCAGGCGACAGACGGCGGUUCCCCGCCGCUCAGCGGCUCCACCACCGUCCGCCUGAUCAUUACCGACCGGAACGACAACGCUCCGUUCAUCACUCACCCGCCGCCGCCUCCUCCAUCUCCCGGGAACCGCUCCGCCGCUCCCGCUCCCGCCAAGAUGGCGCUGCCCGGGGGCGCGCCCCGCGGUUACCUGGCGGCGCGCGUGCGGGCCCAGGACGCGGACGAGGGGCCGAACGGCCGCCUCAGUUACCGGAUCGUGAGCGGGGAGCCGCCCGGGCUCUUCACCAUCCGCCCCGACACCGGGGACGUGUACCUGGGCCGCCCGCUCUCCGUGUCCCCCGCCGGGCCCGGGCCCGGGGCCUUCAGCCUGGUCGUGGCCGUUAGUGACGGCGGCCUGCCCCCGCUGUCCUCCACCGUCACCGUGAGCUUCACGGCGGGGCCCGGGCCUCGGCCCGCUCCAGCUCCCUCCGGCUCCCCGGGACCGGCACAGCGGAGCUGGGACACCUCCUUCACCGUCAUCGCGGUGCUGGCCGCCGGCUGCGUGGCCUUGCUGCUGGCCAUCGUCGGUAUCGCCUCGACCUGCGGCACCGGAGACAAGAGCCGGGGCGGACACGGUGGCGGGCGGCCGCCCCAAGCCUUGGACCCCCGGCCCGACGCUGCCCGUCCCCCGUCCCCGGGCGGAUUGCACAGUGACGGAGAUUCGGAAGAGGCGAGGAAGGGAGUGUCUCUCCUGGAAACACAGCAUCAACUCCCUGGCAACACUCAGGAGAGCUUUAUGCCAGAGCCUGAUGUCAAUCAUGGAGCCUUUUGUACAGUUGCCUUUCAUCAAAAUAUCAAGACCCAUGUAUGUCCUGGACAAGAUGUAUUCAGCGGAAAAGACAGUGGGAAAGGAGAUAGUGACUUCAAUGAUAGUGAUUCUGACAUAAGUGGUGAUGGAUCAAGAAAAGGACAUGCAGUAAUUGAUCAAAGGCAGAAUGGUGUGUUCCCCUGUCGUAAGAAAAGCCAAACGCCUUGCAGUUCUGACCCCCAUUACAACUUGACCUCUCAAACGACAGAAUGUGGAAAAUUCUCUUCUCACUCAAAACAGAGCUAUGUGCUUGCUUAUUCUUCAAUACCUGCAACGUUACUGCAUUCAUCUAGUGGUGCAGUCUCUUCCAUUCUACAGGAUCAGCCAUUAAAAUAUACUCAGCAGUAUGGCCACGUAACAAGGUCGGAACCUCAAACUUCUGAAAGUGUUUUAUCUAGAGAAUCUGGAAGGACAGGACCCUCACUUCACCCACCUGUGAUACAGAGACCUUUUAAAACAACUUCAUCAGCAUAUAAUGCUUCCGGUCAAAGAUACCAAACCAGUUAUCUUAAUACAGCCCUCUCUGAAGUGGCUACUUCUUUUUGAACUCACAAGUAAACACUGAUGUCAUUGUUCAAUUUAAUGGCAAUAAUUGCCAAUAUACGUGCAAUAUAUUCACUUCUGCCUGAGCCUACUUUUUAAACGUCUUUUGGAUAAGAAACUAUGACCUCAUGUAAGCUCUAAUGGAAUGUUUACAGUUAGUUUUCAUAUUUGUUUUGCAGUUUAGCUCCAUUUUAAAAUACUCGCAUGAACUCUGAAACAUAGUCCUCUUCAAACUAGUGAUAAGAAAAGUUGACUUAUCAACAUGACAAGUUGAAAAUCAUUUUAAAUGUUUAUUCUAGCCAAAAAUGAAGCCUAAUCUACUGUGCUUUUUCAGAAUGUGGGAUGAUUAGGUUACCUCCUUCAUUUAAGUUAAAAAUAUUCCAAUAGAAUUUUAUGAGCAGAAGUAGUAUGCAAUUUGUGGUUACUACUGUGUAUCUUUUUAAGGUAAAUUGUUUACAGUAGGAUAGCUUUUUUUAAUAUGGAGGUAGACUAGAUUUAGCUACACAAACAAGUUUAUGGAAAUAUUGCACUUCCUAUAUGUUUUUUCUAAAUAAAGUAGAAAGUAGCAGCCCUAUACUAUUGUGUAUUUAUGGUUCAACAUAUUGUUCUAUAAAAUGGUUUGAAGGGAGUUUAUCACUGGACAGUAACAAGAUUUUUGCCCAAAAUGUGGGUGUAGGGAACAAAUCAACACGUACAAGUUUAUACAUUUUUUUUUUCUUCUAAGCAUCCUAUCCAAGGGAACCAAAAUGUAGAAAAAUUAUUUUAAGAAAAUUGGGCAAAGGCUAUGCUGAAUGUUUGUUUGAAAAAGAAAAAUCAUUAAAUACUCACAAAAACACUAGUUCAUGCCAGACUAUUCACAAUUAUAACAUUGCUAAUGUAUCAAAUAGUAGCAGGAUAAGGUCAUUUGAACUCUAAGCAUGCUCUGCUGUUUACAACUCUGGGAGGAAAUUUGUCCUCAUCUCUGUCCUAAAUAUACAACCUUCUUAUUUUUUCCUGAGGCUGAAACCUAGUUUUAAAUUUCACAGUUGUGAUAAACACCCUUCCAGCACCCACUUAAUGUUCAUGGUAAAGAAUAUUCGUUUCAGUUGGAUAGCUGUCAUUCUUACAAAUUUUGAAGAAAAGAGGAUACACACACACACACGCACACACAUUGGGUAUCAUUAUGGCAAAAGUACUAAAUGGUAACUGUUAGGCUUAAUCGCGUAAACUUCUUUGGUGAGGAAGAGAGUAAUUUAUAAUAUUUUUCUACAGAAUUGUCCUUUUGUUUUCUGAGAAAUUUCUCAGCAAUAUGUUUGUUUACUCUAAAAAUACAAUUAAAGGUGUUUUUUUUCUUUU